AUGGCUCGCCCCAAACUUCGAGCGACCGCCGCGGGCAGCGCCCCGACAGCGCCGGGGAGCCCUAGGCAGCCGGAGCCGCGGGUCGAGGUCAUGGAUCCAGCCGGUGGUCCCCGGAACCUGCUCCCGCGGCCCUGCCGGGUGCUGGUGCUGCUGAACGGGCUGAUGCACGAGGUGGUGAACGGGCUCAUGGAGCGGCCCGACUGGGAGACCGCCAUCCGGAAGCCCCUGUGUAGCCUCCCCGCCGGUUCGGGCAAUGCACUGGCAGCUUCUGUGAACCAUUAUGCCGGCUACGAGCAGGUGACCAACGAAGAGCUCCUGAACAACUGCACGCUGCUGCUGUGCCGCCGGCGGCUGGCGCCCAUGAGCCUGCUGUCCCUGCGCAUGGAGUCGGGGCUGCGGGUCUUCUCCGUGCUCAGCCUGGCCUGGGGCUUCAUUGCCGACGUGGACAUCGAAAGCGAGAAGUUUCGGCGCCUGGGGGAGAUGCGCUUCACUGUGGGCACCCUCCUGCGCCUGGCAGCCCUGCGGGUCUACCGGGGCCAGCUGGCCUACCUCCCCGCAGAAAGGGUGGCCUCCAAGGUGCCCGCCUCUCCUGCCCUGGAUCGGCAGGACUGGCAGGGCCCCGUGGACACCCACCUCGUGCCCCUGGAGGAGCCGGUGCCCGCUCACUGGACUGUGGUGCCCGAGCAGGACUUCGUGCUGGUGCUGGCGCUGCUGCACUCGCACCUGGGCAGCGAGAUGUUUGCGGCCCCCAUGGGCCACCGAGCGGCCGGCGCCAUGCACCUGUUCUACGUGCGGGCAGGCGUGUCUCGGGCCAUGCUGCUGCGCCUCUUCCUGGCCAUGGAGAAGGGCAGGCACAUGGAGUGCGACUGUCCCUACUUGGUGUAUGUGCCCGUGCUGGCCUUCCGCCUGGAGCCCAAGGACGGGAAGGGGAUGUUUGCUGUGGACGGGGAGUUGAUGGUCAGCGAGGCGGUGCAGGGCCAGGUGCACCCAAACUACAUCUGGAUGGUCAGUGAGCCUUCAUCCCGUCUGGAGCCGCAGCCGCCGCCACCCAGCCAGCAGCCUCCGCGUGUGCUGCCUCCAGAAGAUCCCAUAUGACCCUCGCCUGGCUGUGCCUUACUCUGUCUACUUAGUCAUCUGAGCUCAGGGCACUUCCUCCCUCCCUCCCCCAGGCCUGGAGGGCCAGUCCCAGCUCCCACGGGGGAGGAGGACUCCUGUGGGUAGAGGCUGUGCUUCAGAAGGACCUUCUCUGCCCGCCAAAGGCCAGGCUGAGGCCCUGGGCCAGGAGCCCAGCUGGUUUACCCAUUGUGGAGGCCACCCUAUUGUUCUGGGAGCCCCACCCCAUGAAUCAAAUCCAAAUAAAGUGGCAUCGCCAGCCUGCUGGUCUGAUCCGAUGGGCGGGGGAGAGAGUGGGGUCUUGCUCCGGUCGGACUCUAGUGUUUAAUGUGAACGAGGCCCAGUGGUGCCUCCUGGAUUGGGCAGUCUGUGCUGGUGGGCACAGGUCGAGAGCGGGUCCAGGUAUUUUUGCAGGGAGUAAGGCCCAGCCCCAAAGCCGAUUAUACCUGCUUUGCAGCCAGGGAGCUCAGACACCCGACGUGGGGAGCCAGGCUCGGAGCUGGCGUGCCAUUCUUACCGAGGACCACACAGCCAGCCAGUCUCCACCAAAAGCGAAAAUGCCUCAAGGAAGGGGCACUGGGGAAACAAGGACCAGAACCUAAAGGGGCAGGCACCUGUUCCCUUCUUAAAGGAGCCUGUCAUCUCUCCACAGAGGGCUGUAGGCUGUGCAGCCUCCUCUGCCCUACUGUGCCCUAUCCUUGUGGGCACUGUUGGGCAGCAGUUAAAAGGAAGCAGCAGGGAGGGGCAGAUGCCAGUCUCCCAACUGGCAGCCAUUCUGGCUCAUGGCCCGGCAGGUGCUCCCAUGCCAGCUCCCAGCACCUGGAAGGUGGCCCACUUCCUGAAACGGGCUCUUCAACAAACACAGCCCUGCCCAGGGGCAGGCAUACUGACCCUCCAAAACCUGAGCUCCUUGGGUGACUCCUGGGAACGCAGAAGGCACCGCAGCACCAGGGCAGGGCCAGGGCCAGGGUCUCCUUCCCCGGGGAGGGGGUAAGGUGCCCGGAGGGAAGAAAGGCGACAGAGCCCACACGAAUGGCAGAGGCAGGUUUAAUGUGCCACCUUGUACACUGUAAUGAGCCAAACCAAAAAAUGCAAGUAAAAAAAAAGGUUUAAUCACACAGCACUUUAUACAGAUCGUAAGCAGCAGGCAUUCACAUCGCCACACGGACGGUGCACUGAGGCACGGCCCCCGGCCGCUGGGUGUUCCUCACAGGACGCCGGCCGGCUCCAGUGCCCGGCCCGGCUGGCUCCCCGCUUCCCCGCGGCUGCUGCCUGCCGGGUGGGAAUGGCACAGCUCGGUGAGGGGCAGCUGGCGGCAGACAAGACGCAUCAUGCUUUGGCUUCUUUUUUGCUUGUUUUGUGUUUCUAAUAAGAGUUAAUAUCUUUA